AUGUGCCGCUGGUGGGCAUUGGCGAUUCUCUUUUGGCAUGUCUCGGGUGAGGCUCCUCCAGUUGUAGAGCCUUCAGAGCUGGCUUCGCCCGAACCCUCCACCUUCCUGGCAGCAGCUGCUGACACCAGAGAAGCUGAGGCCGGAUCACCAUCUCCUCCGACAAGUGACGACGGGGAGGACGAGGAAGCCCGGUUGAGAGAUAAGAUCGCACAGGAAGUGGAAGAGAAAAUGAAAGAGCAUGCAGAAAAGAAACAUGAAGAAGAGAAAGAAGGUGAGGAAGCAGAGUCGGACUCUACUUUCCUGAUUUUUUUGGUCCUCGGCGUGGCUGCCGUUGCACGGUUUCUGUGCAAGGGGCGGGUUCAGAGGGAGCAUUCUGGUUACAUGAUCAUCACAGACACGUCUCCUACAAAAAAGCGGGAGACGGCAGCCAAGUUCUGGGCGUCGAAGCGCACUCAAAGUCUUGACAGCACCGGCUCCAGUGCCGUGGAGAAGCACAAAUCCAAUGGAAGUGGAACUGCCACUGGAAUGCCAGCCUCUCCAUUGCGUCCAGUGCCAGCCUCUCCAUUGCGUCCAGGUCCAAAGCAAGCUCCUGAGGGCAAGGGUGCGCUUGACCUCCUUUUCAACGCGCCCAAGCUGGCUGAGUCCCUGUCGCACCUGGGCUUGCGCCGGAGGGAUGGAGCCCAGGAGGUGGCACCGGCGGCGAGGACCACGUGGUGGCGCCAAGCGAUUGAGCCAUACAGGCAAACACUUGGCUUUACCAUGGAAGAGGCUGCGGUGAUUGACACGCCCAUUGCUGGACUAAGAGGUGCACUGGGAUACGAUGGGUCGGCAGAUUGGCUCCGGUGGGCCAACCUGGCGGAGCAACAGAUGUCAAGUCUGCGGAAGGAUGUUGAAGGAGGCCUGGUGCCUGUGGAUCCUGUGGAUCCUGUGGAUGGCCAUGAUCUUCGUGUGGUCCCCCAAGAUGGUCGUGCAAGAAGUUCAAUACCUCGCUUUCGAGAUUUGAUGCUGAGCAGUGACCUGGUACUUCUGGAGUCAUUGCUGGCCAAGAAAGGUUCACUUCAGGUGACUGGUGGCGAAUCUUGGCAUGCAUGGAUGCUCGAGGCCGUCCACUGGCAGAGUGGCCUGGUGACACCGAUCAACGCCACCAGCGACCUGGUCUUUGACAUGGCCUUGGAUGGCGAGGUCUUCCAGGGCCGACUCGAAGAUGCUGGCAAGCGACUGGUUUUCAGUGACGGAGAUGUCAGCGCCUCAAUGGUUAUGAGCAGCCGAGCAGUGUUGCGGUUCACCUGCCUGAGGUCUGGACGCGGCAGACUCCCAUCCAGGAACAUCCGCCCCAUGACGCUGGGGCGACGACUUGCCAAAGCACGAGGUGCACCAAACCAUGAAACAUCGGUGCUAGCUUCCAAACAGUUCGUUCUAUAUAGUAUGAUAUUAUGGCGACAGAGACUGUGGACAUGCUGA